UGCACAUUCAUCACCAACAAACUUUGUAAAUCACAUCCUUGUGCUUCAACAUUAAUUUCUCACCAUGGCGGCCUCUACAAUGGCUCUUUCUUCUCCAUCGUUCGCCGGAACAGCUGUGAAGCUCUCACCGUCUGCCUCCGAUAUUACCGGCAAUGGAAGAGUCUCGAUGAGGAAAACUGCUUCUAAGCCAGUUUCGUCUGGUAGCCCAUGGUACGGUCCCGACCGUGUUAAAUACUUGGGACCAUUCUCCGGUGAGCCCCCGAGCUACUUGACUGGCGAGUUCCCCGGUGACUACGGUUGGGACACUGCUGGGCUCUCAGCUGACCCAGAAACUUUCGCCAAGAACCGUGAGCUCGAGGUGAUACACUGUAGGUGGGCCAUGCUUGGAGCUCUUGGAUGUGUCUUCCCUGAGCUCUUGGCACGCAACGGUGUCAAAUUUGGUGAGGCUGUAUGGUUCAAGGCUGGAUCCCAGAUCUUUAGCGAAGGUGGACUUGACUAUUUGGGUAAUCCCAGCUUGAUCCAUGCUCAGAGCAUCUUGGCCAUCUGGGCUUGCCAAGUCAUCUUGAUGGGAGCUGUUGAGGGCUACCGGGUUGCUGGAGGGCCACUAGGUGAGGUAGUAGACCCACUUUACCCCGGUGGAAGCUUCGACCCGUUGGGUCUUGCUGACGACCCAGAGGCAUUCGCCGAGCUUAAGGUGAAGGAAAUCAAGAACGGCAGGUUGGCCAUGUUCUCCAUGUUCGGGUUCUUCGUUCAGGCCAUUGUUACCGGAAAAGGACCGUUAGAGAACCUUGCCGACCACCUUGCAGACCCUGUCAACAACAAUGCAUGGGCCUAUGCCACAAACUUUGUCCCCGGAAAGUGAAUUCGAGAAAAAGGAGCGUACUGAAUUGAGAUUGUUUAAUGUCUACGUACAAUUGUUGUGAAAUAAUGGAAUACAAUGUGAGUUUUGAGUGAAUUGCGAUGUUUUUUACAAAUUUGGUGGCAAUGUAAUGAAUUAAACAAAGUGAAUUUUGUA